AUGCCCGGAAAGACUCUUGUCGUACUCGGCUCAGGCCCGGGGAUUGGCGUGGGAGUCGCUUCUAAUUUUGCUGUACGAGGUUUCACUCACAUAGCUCUCGUAUCGCGGGACCAGAAGCGCUUGGGAGAGGAUGAGGACAAGGUUCUGGAUGCCGUGCAGGAGCGAGGGUACAGCUGCCAGGUCAAGACUUGGGUCUGUGACCUCACCGACUCUGAGAAAUUGAAGAAGACGCUUGGGGAGAUUGAAUCCUUUGGGAGUUUGGAGUGUGUGCUUUAUAAUGCUGCGAGAGUUGCCGGGAAACCGCCACUUGAGGAGAGUGUGGAGAAUAUCGAGAAGGAUUUCAAGCUCACGAACCUGGCGCUUUACGAGACUGCUCUCUGGGCAAUUCCCAAGUUGAAGGAAGCCUCUGGGCAGGAUAGCUCGCCCUCCUUCUUUGUGACUAGCACGACUCAGCUCUACAAGGAACCCUUGCCAGCUCUGGUCUCUUUGUCAAUGGUCAAGUCUGCUCAAAGAGCUCUGGUGCUUUCUAUCCACGACCAGUAUGGCAAGGACGUGCAUGUUGCGCUUCUCAGUGUUGGCGGCGUUGUUUCCCCCGAAGCGAAGAAUCUCAAUCCAGCAAAUAUCGCUGAUAGGGCUUGGUCGCUGUAUAAGCAGCCGAGAGACAAGUGGGAGAGGGAGGAAGAGAUUCACGAGUAG